UUUCACUUUACCUUCAAAACAACACGAACUAUAACGUGACUUAAUCUAGUUAUUUUUUAGCAGCUUUUCGUCAAUAUAAAGUGACAUUAUUCGAACAUUCGGAGAAAAUAUCUUUUCCUGAAGGAAUUUACAUUCGAUCAAGAAGAGAGAGAGAGCAAAACCGAAGGACAUUCAGUAAAACCCAGCUGAAUUUUAGAAAAAUGCCUAAAGAAGACAGCAAGCAUGAUAAGAAACCAUCCCAUGAAAGUGAGAAAAAGCAUAAAAAAGAAGAGAAGAAAGAAGAACAUGAGAAAAAACACCCAACUGAACAUGUAGGCAAAGAGAAGAAGGCAGAGGCACAGAAGCACUCGCCAGAGCACGAGAGAAAAGCUGCGGCCGAGAAGCAUGGAAAACAUGACAAGAAGGAGGCUGAGAAACACGAUAAAAAGGAGGGGAAACAUGAAGCACAUGAGAAACAUGAGAAACAUGAGAAACAUGUCAAGAAAGAAGAAAAGCAUGACAAGAAACACCCAGAAAGUCAUGGAAAACACUCCCCAAAACACUCCAAGAAAGACGAAAAACACCAGACCAGCCAUGGUAAACAUUCGCCAAAACAAUCCAAAAAAGACGAAAAACAUGGUCACAAAGGAGGCAAGAAAUAACACUGUCACAUCUUGUGUGACAAGAUAGUUAUUUACCGAUAGUUUGGUUGAAAGAAAACUCGUUGCGUUUGAAUUUGAAUAAAACUGACACUUGAUUUUUUUAAUUACAAA